AUGACAUUUUUAUUAAAUUAUCCACAUCAAUUAAAAUUUUUACAACAAUUUAUACAAUUUUAUAUAAAACAAUUAGAAUAUAAAAAAUCAAUUGGACGUUUAUCAGCAAUUGAUUUAUUACAUCAUCUUAUUGAUCAAUUACCAAUUACACGUUUUAUUGGUAAACAAAAUCAAUAUUUAGAUGAAAUAAUCUUUUUAAAUGUUAGCGUUUCUAUUGAACGUGAAUCAUCAAGGAAAUGUCGUCGAAUUUUAUUAAAUUUUCUUAAUUUAUUAUUUAAUAAAUUACCAUUAGAUUUAGUACAUCAUUAUUUCAAUGAUUAUGUAAUAGGAUUUUUAACUGCUCCACCAAUGACAAGAUGUUCAGCACGUUUACUUAGUUUACAAAUCAUUAUCACAUUAUAUAAUAGUUCAUUAAACUUAGUGAUUAAACAAUAUCGUAAUCAAUUAAUCGAUAUUAUCAGUAAUGAUAUAUUACCAUGUGGUAUAAUCCAAUUAGAUCGAUUAAUACAAUCCAAUACAUUAUUAAUGAUAUCUACGGGUUUAAAUGAAUUAUAUAAUAAGAGAUCUAUGAAAACACCAAAAGAAGAAUGUAAUUUAUCAAAAAUUAUAAAAGAGGAUGCUAAAUGGAUGAGUGAAAUAGAAUUGCCUACAAAUGUUUAUUCAGACGACGAUGAUGAUGAUGAUGAUGGCGCUUCGAAAUUGUCAAAAGAUGAUGAUGAAGAAGAUAUAGAUUUCAGUGAUGAUGAUGAUGAAGUUGACAAUGUAGAUUUAGAUUAUGAUGAAGAUACAAAUAUUGAUCCAUUUACUUCUGCUACAUUUAAUAAUGAAAAUAUUGAAAAUAAUAAACAUUCUAAUGAUACUAUACAAUCUCAUUCAACAUCAUCUAACAAAGAACUCAAAUGUUCAAAAUCGGCUAUUGAUAAUCAAUACUUCUUAGUUGCUCAUACGUUAGAGCAUGCUUUAAAAUUGGUUUAUCAGUUAAUCACUGAAUCAACAACAGUAGAUUCACCGAAUACAUCAGAUAACAAUAUCAAUGCAUAUAUAUCAUCAAUUAAAUUAUCCUCAUUUUGGCGUAUUCUAUUAAAUGGACCUAAAUAUAAUAAUAAUCAAUUAUGUCCAAUCACUGAAUUUCAAUCAAAGAAACAUCGUAAGGAAUUGAAUAAACGUCGUGAACAAUAUAGUACAUUAUUCUCUAUGGAAACAACAACAACAACCACUACAGCCGCCAACACCACCCCCACCACCACAACAACAAAGAAUCUAGAAAAUAAAACUAAAAAAAUGAGUUUAUUAAUUGUAGGUCAUCGUGAAACACGUGAAUGGGCAACACGUUGUUUAAAUUUAUUAUUAAAAUUAGAAAUCAUUACAAAUCAAGAUCGUUUUAUAAAACAAAUCAAUGAGAAUAGUAUAGAUACUGAAUUAUCUGGUUUAAAUUUACAAAGAAUACUAAACGAUUCAUUAUUUCAAUUGGAAGUUGAUGCACGUGUACCUAUUUCAGAAGAAUGGUCAAAUACGUUAUUAUCUAAUUUAAUUUAUCUUGGACAAUUAUUACAUUUAAGUGUUGGACGUAAACCAGUAUUGAGAAUAUUUCGUAUUGCUAAUAAAAUUGCAUUGGAUGAAUUAAACAAUAGACCACAAUAUUAUUGUCAAAGGCUACUGGCGUUGAAAUUGACUACCGGCCUUUUAUUACGUCUACCUCAUCCGAAUACAACGCAAUUAUUUGAUAUGUUCUCACUAAAUACUCAACAUUCAAGUGGUUCUGACAAUCAAUCAGAUGAAAAUCCAUCCGUUGAAAAACAAGUUCCAGCUUAUUUCGCCUACUUAAGAUCUGCUUCGAAAUUAAUAAGUCGAGAAUUCCGUCAGCGCGAACGACUAGCUUUUACAGCAGCUUCAUCGUUAGCUUCAGCUGUCAACGAUGAUACAACAGAUAUUGGCGCUAGAAUACGACUACGCGGUAUGCAUCUUUCUCGAGAACUUACUGUCAGAGCGAAAUCAAGACAAAGAAGAGCACAGGCUCGCCUCCGUCGUGCACUCAUGUCAGGUACAAUUAGACCAGAGAGUGCGAACAGUCUUGUUGCCUCUGUAUCAGCUGGAAUGGCAAAGGCAGGACCUGAUCAAUUAGUUGAAUUAAUUGAGUCAACUGAAUCUGCUCUUACCCAAGAACUUGGUGGUGGAAAUCACCAACUCAUUCAAAUUAUAUGCAGUCGUGCAUCGUUAGGCGCUCGUGCUAUUCGAGAACGACGUAAUUUGCAUAAAGCCACUCGUAAUGCUCUUGGCAUGGCAUGGAAUGGUCCAGUAAAAAAGAAAUCCAAGCUACCAGAUGUAACAUCUCAACCUUUGGAAAUGAAUAAUUCCAGUGAGAACGAAAUUCACACAUCUAAUCGGUUGCAAAAAAGAAAAUUAUCUCCGAAUAAAGAACAUAAUCAAGAAGCCACACAGCACAAGAAAACGAAGAAACCGCGAAUAACUUUGUGA